AUGACUAUUAAUUCACCAGAAUUUAGUGCAUUUGUCCAAAAGUAUUUCAAAUCUAGUGUAGAUUCUUUGUCUCUUGAGUUUCGAGAACCCCUGGAGAAGAUAUAUCUCGUUGUAAAAGAACAGACGACGGUUCAAGCCACGUUUUUACCUCUCGGAUCAAUACUUUGUGUAGUGGGUUGUCUGAUGGCAGUAAUCUUGAUAGCUUUCGUAUUAGCCGCUAUUUAUCAAAGACAAUCUAAGAAGCCGUUAGUGGACAGUGCAUCCUUGAGUGAGAGUCCUCGUGGUUCUAAACAGGGUAGUGUGAGUGGUUUCGGCAGGAAACAACCUUCUAUAUCGGAAUCAAUCCACUCCUAUCCCGGCCCAGAACAGCAACUCCCCAUUGCUGAGGAUCCAACGAGCCGCCAUACGCCCAUUCCCAAAACUAGCCCAAUACUAACCCAGGCAGAACUAGAAAGGGAGCAGCAUGGCGCACUAAUUGGGUUAAACGAAAAAAUCGACGGCCAACUAUCCAAUUUAAGCCACUGCAAGGACAUGGUAGAUGAACUACAAAAGCUGCUAAACCCAACGGUGCCCGCAGAAACCAUAGCUGAAUAUAAGCAAAUGCUACUCGGUGCGCAAAGUUGGCACCAAGGACACUAUAACUGCUUGGCAAAGGAGGAACCCAUCUUACAAGACCGCAUAGACCUACUAACCAACGCGGAAACUAUAGAUGAUAAACCAAUAUUAGCUCAGGCCCAGCAUCAAAUAAAUCAGAUGCUAGCCCAACUAAACCAACGACAAGCCGCACGUGAUCAAUGCAUCGCUAAAUUAACGGCUUUAAUGAAACUAAUUACUGAUAUAACGGAAACUGCCCAACCGACCCAAGAGCAAAUCACCGAGUUAGCGAAGCUAGAGGAUGAGUACCUAAAAUUGCUACCAGAGCUAUAA